AUGGGGAGGCUAGACGGGACAGUGAGCAUCAUCACGGGCGGUGCCCGCGGAAUGGGCGCGUCUCACGUUCGUGGAUUCGUGGCCGAAGGAGGGAAAGUUGUCAUUGGCGACGUCCUUGAAAAUGAGGGCCAGACGCUGGCAGCUGAACUGGGAGAUUCUGCGCGCUUCGCAAGGCUCGACGUCACUUCGGACGAAUCGUGGAGGCAUAUCAUCGCGCUGACCGAGCGGGAUUUUGGUCCCGUUGACAUUCUCAUCAACAAUGCCGGGGUCGUUCUGUGGAAACCCCUAGGGGCGACGAGCACCGAGGAAUUCAAGAGAGUUGUUGACAUUGACCUUGUCGGUCCGUUCAUCGGCACCCGAGAAGUCGUCCCCUCAAUCAAGAAGACUGGGAGAGGAGGCGUCAUUAUCAACGUCUCCUCGACAGCCGGCUUACAGGGUUUCGCCUACACAUCAUCCUACGUGGCGGCGAAGUGGGGUCUGCGUGGCCUCACAAAGGCCAAUGCGCUUGAGCUCGCCCAGGACAAUAUUCGCGUCGUCUCGGUCCAUCCUGGUGCGGUAGAGACGCCCAUGACUAAGAAAGUCACCCCAGAAUCCUAUUCUCAACAGCCAAUUCCUCGCAUGGGCAAGACUGAUGAGGUCACCUCUCUCAUGGUGUACCUUGCGGCCAGCGCCACUUUUAGCACGGGUUCAGAAUUUGUCAUUGAUGGAGGAGCUUUACUAGGACCGAUAGUGAAGGUACCUCUAGAGUCAGAGUAG